CUCUGAGACAAAAUGGCUUCCAGAUCAGAGGAGGAUCUCUGCUGUCCGGUCUGUCAUGACGUCUUUAGAGAUCCUGUUGUUCUGUCAUGUAGCCACAGCUUCUGUAAAGACUGUCUGAAGAGCUGGUGGAGAGAGAAACCAACACAUGAGUGUCCAGUUUGUAAGAGAAGAUCUUCAAAGUCAGAACCACCUCGUAACCUGGUGUUAAAGAACCUGUGUGAGUCCUUCUUACAGGACAGAGAUCAGGGAGCUUCAGAGGCUCUCUGCAGUCUGCACUCUGAGAAACUCAAACUCUUCUGUCUGGACCAUCAGCAGCCAGUGUGUGUCGUCUGCAGAGAUUCAGAACAACACACCAACCACAGAUUCAGACCCAUCAAUGAAGCUGCACGACAACACAAGAAGGAACUUGAGGAAACUCUGAAGCUCUUAAAGAAGAAGUUAAAGGUUUCUGAACAAGUUAAAGUGAAGUUUGAUCAAACAGCAGAACACAUUAAGGUCCAGGCCGGACACACAGAGAGGCAGAUUAAGGAGCAGUUUAAGAAGCUUCACCAGUUUCUAGAAGAGGAAGAGGAGGCCAGGAUGGCUGCUCUGAGGGAGGAAGAGGAGCAGAAGAGUCAGAUGAUGAAGGAGAAGAUGGAGACUCUGAGCAGAGAGAUAGCAGCUCUUUCACACACAGUCAGAGCCACAGAGGAGGAGCUGAGAGCUGAAGACGUCUCAUUCCUGCACAACUACAAGGCUGCAGUGGAAAGAGUCCAGCGCUGCCCCCUGCUGGAUGAUCCACAGCUGCUCUCAGGAGCUCUGAUAGACCAGGCCAAACACCUGGGCAACCUGACCUUCAACAUCUGGAACAAGAUGAAGGAGAUGGUCUCAUACACUCCUGUCAUUCUGGAUCCAAACACUGUUUAUCCAGAACUCAUCCUGUCUGAAGAUCUGACCAGUGUGAGACUAGGAGAGAAACAACAGCAGCUUCCUGCUAAUCCAGAGAGGUUUGAUCACUUCUGCUGUGUUCUGGGCUCUGAGGGCUUUGACUCAGGGACUCACAGCUGGGAUGUCGAGGUUGGAAACAGUUCAAACUGGUCACUGGGUGUGUUAUCAGAGUCUGUCCAGAGGAAGGGAAUCAUACUGUCUGGAUUAUGGACAAUACGGUUCGAUGAAGGUGAAUACUCAGCAUGGUCACCACCAGGUCUCCGCACUGAUCUCCCAGUAAAGAAGAAGCUCCAGAGGAUCAGAGUGAAUCUGGACUGGAACAGAAGAAAUCUGUUGUUCUCUGAUCCUGAUACUAACACACACAUACACACCUUCAAACACACUUUCACUGACAGACUGUUUCCAUACAUUAGCACUGGGGAUAAACUCCCACUGAAGAUUUCCCCACUGAAGCUCUCUCUGACAGUAGAACAGAGCAGUAACAGACAAAAAGUAUGGUUCUUUUAAUUACUGUCAUUUAUUUCUUAAAGGGAAAAGUCGCUGAAUUUAACCUCUGAAGCUUCUGUCCUCCUGCUGUCUCAUUAUUCCAAAAUAUGUUCAUGAUGUUUCACUUGUUGCUAUUUUUGUCAAACAUAAAAUGAUUCAACUUAUUUUCUGAUCUUUAUAUUUGGU